GAGGAGAUCCAGGAGGUGAAGGAAGAAGGGAACCUGGAGAUGCUGUUUAAUUCCCUGGAUCAGCUCUCGGCGGAGGCGCAGGGCCGGGAGGACCCCGCCUGGCGCCCCAGCGGGGUCCCCGAGGAGGAUGCCCGCAGUGCCCUGGUGCCCUACCUGCUGAAGCACAGGGCAUACCUGCAGAAGGUGCUGAGGGAGAAGGAGCAGGAGAACAAGCAGCUGGCAGAGUCCGUGCUGGCGGGCAGGGGCAGGAUCGUGGAGCUCCAGCGGCUCAUACAGGCUCGCAGAGAGGCCUGGCAG